AUGGCUAUGCUCAUAGCAGCCACCACCGUCUUCUUGUACUACACGCUAUGGACUCUAUUCAUGCCAUUCGUCGACGAUGACCAUCCGCUUCAAAGCCUGUUUCCGCCUCGUGUUUGGGCAAUCCGAAUUCCAGUCAUUCUCACCCUUCUCGGUUCUGCAGUCGUGGGCACUUUCCUCGCCAUGGUCAUGAUCCGAAGCAACAGAAAGAAGGCAGCCAAGGCUCGAGCUGCUGCCGCGAAGAAGACGAAAUGA